UUGCAGAAUGUGGAUUUAAAAUUUCUUUUCCCGUUUUCUUUUCCGAUUUUUUUCAUGUCUUAUGGUCUGACUCGUUGAUUUUGAUAUUUCCCUUUUUCAAUUAUUUUCGUGAAAUGCCAAAAUUUUUAUGAUCAUAUUUGAUCGAAAUUAAAGGAUAUUUAUUUUUAUUUGAAAAACUAGAUUAAAUAUGUUGUCGAUAUUUGCUAUCAAAUACUUGUUUUUCAUUUAAUCUUCAGUUUUAUUUAAUUUUAUGUAUCAGAAAAAAUGAAGAAUCCGUCAAGUUGGUUGCGUCAACUUUUUGUAUCAUUUAAGGAGGCGCGUAUAAAGAAACCAUCAUCUACACAGAAUCAAUCAGUCGGUGUUUUAAGAAAGCCUAUGCCAAGUGAAAUUGUUGCUAAAAAGGAUGGGUCAGCGGCACAAUUUGAUCAAAUAACUCAUACAGGUCAAGCGUGGGAUCAGGCAGACUAUCGUCUUGCUCGUUUUGAAUAUUCUUCGAAGCAAGUGAAUCCUAAUAUUGCUGCUCACCUUGUUGCAGAACAAGCACCUGUACCAAGCGAGGAAAGCGUUGUUUUUUGUGAUGGUGGUCACUUCCAUGGAGGUCAUCCAAAGGUUUUUAUCAACUUGGAUAAGCCAGGAACUAAUGCUUGUGGUUAUUGUGGACAGCGAUUUUAUAAUGUGCAUAGUACUGGACCUGAGAAUAUGGAAACAGCGCAUAUACAAGUAUAA